CACAUCGAGGUCCCUACUUACUCACGACCGGAAUACCUGGCCCACUUACAGGACUCGAAGUGGACCAUGGAACAGACCGAUCACCUGAUGGACCUCGCGCGCCAGUUUGAUGCACGUUUUGUUCUCAUGCAAGAUCGGUGGGACGUGAGCCUCUUUCCUCCCAGGCCCUCCAUCGAGGACAUGAAGGCGCGCUACUACGCC